GACAAAACAAGGAAGUAAUCAUUCCAGUUGGAAACUGUCCAGCGUAUGGCCGUCCGAUAUACCUAUAUGAUGUUUAAAAUUUGCUAUCAUUCCGCAUGAGCACAUCUCUUUUACCAAUAUCUGAAUAUUAACUCUUCCCCAGUACUAAUAAUAUGUAGUGGAAAUGGACUUGGUCGCCCAGGUAGCAAAAUUGGUAGAGCAUCCGUCUAGAGUUUGGAGGUUCACUUGUUCGAGUCUCGGUCUGGACAUGCAUUUUCUUCUUGUUACAUUUAGUGCCUUUGACCAACCCUUUUUUCAAGUACUGUGUGAAAGGGGAUAUAACCGAACCAGGGUUGUAAAUAUAUAUAGACAAAGGAAGGAGGAAUGUAGCGGAAGUCAGGACUGGGUUGAUUAUCGGCGACCAGGAAGCCCAAGUCGGAAAGCAUCUGUCUAGAGCUUUGAGGGUCCUUGGUUCAAGUCCCGGUCUCGUCGUGCAUUUUUCUGCUCCUGUUACAAUACAAAUUCUCAUUAUUUUUUUACCCCACCCUCCUUUUGAGACAUAUGCGUGUAUCUUGUGUGUUAUGCCUCAUACACUAAUCUGCAGUUGUAUUUAUAUUAGUACUAACGACCCUCCGCAUUAAAGCCAUUUUGGUCUCUGUGGAGUAUAACAUAUAGACAGAUACCUAGUACUAAUAUUAAUAGCCGGCCUCCUCUGCUCUGAUGACGCAAUAUAUAAGAAAUCUCUUGUUGUCAGAAAGCUACAUUAUCGCAGCGCUAUGCAUCAACUCUGAACCAAAAAAUUAUGUAGCAGGUGCUUGCUACUCCUUUAAGGAAUCUACUAAUGUGAUAGACAACCAAGACAUUCACAAGAAUCUCACAUUUUAUUCCAUGUACAGGCGUUUGCCAAAUAAGAACCAAAUCUAGAACAAGUUCUGAAACCCAUGUACCAAGAAAAAUCCAUUAUGAAUAUAUUCAAAGUGGAGGUGCUGGCUGCCAUGGUGACAAUUCUGCACCUGGCUGUGUGUCCAUAUACCAAAGUGGAGGAGAGCUUUAAUGUACAGGCCAUGCAUGACAUACUGUACCACGGUCUCAACAUCAAAUCUUACGACCACCUGGAGUUUCCCGGUGUGGUGCCGAGAACAUUUCUGGGACCAAUCGCAGUGUCCAUUACAGUUGCACCUCUGGUCUACAUCACAGACUUCCUGCAGAUCAGCAAGUUCUUCACUCAGUUCAUUGUGAGGAGCUGUUUAGGAGCAUUUGUGCUAGUUGGUAUGAGCAGUUUUGCUGAUGGCGUAUAUAACAGAUUUGGAAGCAGUGUAAAGAAUUGGUUUUACUGGGCCAUGAUCACUCAGUUUCACUUCAUGUUCUACAUCACCAGACCACUUCCCAAUGUGUUUGCUCUGUCUCUAGUAAUGUUGGCUGUAGGAGCUUGGCUUAGACAGCAACAUGGCCGCUUCAUCUGGUACUCUGCUGUCGCCAUUUUGAUAUUCCGUGCAGAACUUGCUCUAUACCUUGGACUUAUAUUACUGAUGGAGCUGGUGGCGGGAAGGCUGUCCCUCAUUAACCUGUUUAAACAUGCGAUUCCAGCUGGAGUUCUAAGCAUUAGCUUAACAGUUCUGGUGGAUUCCUUUUUCUGGCAGAGGUGGUUAUGGCCAGAAGGGGAGGUAUUUUGGUACAACACAAUACUCAACAAGAGUGCCAGUUGGGGUACGGAGCCAUUCCUGUGGUAUUUUUACUCGGCCUUGCCCCGGGCUCUAGCCCUCAGCGUGUUCCUGGUCCCCCUGGGGCUGUACUUCGACCCUAGACUGAGGACACUGUUACUACCUGCAGCUGGCUUUGUCUUCCUUUAUUCCUUCCUGCCUCACAAGGAGUUGCGUUUCAUCAUCUACGUCUUCCCCAUUUUCAAUGUAGCUGUGGCGACCGCUUUAUCACGUCUACGGAUGAAUAGUUCCAAGUCAAUGUUCCACAAAAUAAUAGCCUUUGGAGCGGUGCUCCACCUAUUGGCUAACCUUGGAUCAACCGGGGCCUUCCUCUACAUCUCCCGACACAACUACCCUGGGGGCGUGGCCAUGAGAUACUUCCACCUACUCACUCCACCCCACAAUAAAGAACAUAUACACAUUGACGUGGCAACAGCUCAGACCGGAGUGACCAGAUUCACUCAGCUGAACAAUAACUGGAUUUACAACAAAACAGAAGAUUUAUACCCCGGAGGACAUGAGAUGAUGUCGUUUACACAUCUAUUUAUUGGAGCCAGCGGUGUUGAAGACAAGGCCCUUCUUCCAUACAAGAAAUCACACACUGUUGAGUUGGAAGUCUAUGGAUUUGAUAGGAUCAGUCUGGACAUAAAAUCUUCUGUGCCGAUCAAUUUUAAAAUGUCGCCAAAGAUUUAUGUUUUGAAAAAGAAAUAGCAGAUUUUUUGUUACUGUUUAUUUUUCCCACUCCAUUUUAAUAAAAAAAAAAAAGUUAAUUUAUUCACUGAUUUGUUGUCUGA